AUGAAAGCUAUUAUAGCAUUCAGUAUCGUUGCUAUUAGUUUAAAGCUUGCAAGAACUCAAAGCCGCCAACCCCAAAACUUUUUGAUGAAUCGAAUACCGGAGACAAUUAUAGAGGUACCCCGCAACUUCAUAUCUCCCCCAAUGAAAAUGCCAUACUCAGCCAUAGACUAUAAACAAUUGACACCGUUGCCGCCAAAAAUAUUAUCUGCGCCGUCUACUACUAUUGUGACUGACUGUUCACCAACAGUUUGCAAAAACCUAGCAAAUGCUUUACAGCUGAUGAUCGUCUGUAAUUUAUUACAACGUCAUAAGGGUGGUUCUGAUUUAGCAUUACAAUUAGCAUCCCCGCUCAUAAAUGACGUCAUAUCAUCACCAUCAUUUUCUUGUGGUUGCCAAAACCCUCUUUUUCAGAAUCAGGUUCCCAAUAUAGGAACUAAUAUUGCUAGAGCUCCAACAUUUAACUCAGCCCCAGUCAACACAUGCCCGAAACACAGUUUAUUUAAUAUGCUGGGUAUGUUUAGUAAUUAA